UUCCUAAUUUUACCGGCCCAUCAAUUCAUACUGUACUAAUUAGUAAACUGUGGAAUAUCGAUACGUGCAUAAUUUUUAGAUCAACUGAUAGAUGUUAAUUCCCCGCAAAAUAAAUAAAAAUAAUAAUUCCUUCCCGCAAAAUAAAUAAAAAUUUAACUCCUUCCCCACAAAAUAAAAAAAAAUUAAUUCCUCCACGCAAAAUAAAUGAAAAAGAUUAAUUCCUCCUCCGGUCCGGCCUUCUUAAAUACUCCCCCAAUCCUCCCCUUCUCCUCCUCAUCUCGAACUCUAUUAAUUUUAUCAAAUUCAUUCACAAGGCAGGGUAGCGCGGAGCCACCGAUUCAGCACCAUGAGGACCAGCCUCCUCCUCGGCCUCUUCCUUGCUGCCGGCGCCUUCUUCGCCGUGGUCACGCCGGCCGUGGCGCUCGACGGGGCAUGGCAACCAAUCAAUAACAUCACCGACCCGUACGUCCAGAAGCUCGGCGCGUGGGAGGUGGCGGCGCACGGCAAGGUGGCCAACGACGGGCUCAAGUUCAGCAAAGUGGUGAGUGGCAAGGUGCAGAUCGUGGCUGGCACGAACUACCGGCUUGGAGUCGACGCGCUCAGGCUCGAUGGCAAGGUCGCCUUGUACAAGACGGUGGUAUUCGAUCAGAAAUUGCCGACCAGCGAGACGCGCAAGCUCGUCUCCUUCGACCCGGCCAACUGA